AUAUAGGAAAAUAAGUAGGCGUCUAAAUGAGCGUGUGAUAUCCUGGCACUUCUGUAAAACGCAAUAUAAAUGAGCUUGGCAGUUCUCUCUAACAAUGUUAGUAUUGUGUCGUUGUUACAAUUAGACAGAGAGAAUAUAAGGAGGGAACAGGUAAUUAUAUAAAUACUUGACAGUUACAUAAUGGCGACCAAACAGAGGACGGCCUCGCUAGAUUUGGAUUGCUUCUGCUACAACCUUAAUCGUAACCGUAAAACUUGGUGGCGUCUCUCGUGAGAUCUCUCUGUACCAACGAAUUCUGGUCCCUUUAUACAGUACCUUGGUCUUGCUUCCUCCCAAUUCCAUCCCUGGGUCACCAUCUUCCGAUCCUCUGCUUCAUCAUGGGUUGUGGAUUGUCAACUAGGCUAAACCCAGAAAAUGCUGCAACUCUCAGCCGGCGACGCAUUAUAGACAUCAAUUCACAGGCAACCAGCAAGAAUAUUGACCGUGGCGGCGACGAUAGCGUCCUAUCUUCGGCCCAACGGAGCCAGAAAAGCGUAUCGUCGUCGCAGGGGAAGGACGUGAAGCACGGUGAAGGAGAAGAGGAGGAGGAGGGAGAAAAAGUGGAAGAGGGUUAUCAGAAUGAAAUCCUCAUUUUGCCACGGUCCCCAAGUUUCAGGGAGUACUGCAUUGCCUCCUCUAACUCCAGGAAUCGAAGUUUUAGUGACAACCUCAAUGACAACGACUCUGCCUCCAGCAUCAAGAAUAGCGGUGAUGAGGAUUCGACAAAUAAGCCCGAGGACAAGAAGGAACGAAAGAAGAAAGAAAGAAGAAUACUAGGACUCAGGAAUGUUAUGCACAAGGGGAUGCACAGAAGGAAGAGGAAAUAAGAAGUGCAUGCUAUAUACCAAUAAAGUGGCUGGAAAAAAAAAAGAACAAUAGACUAAUCUCCUUUCCGUAAUGACGCAGGAUGGUUGUUCCCUCGAGUGUCUCUUUUUGUUUUAGUGUAAAAGCAGCAUAUACAAUGAUUGUCAGAGUCAGAGGACCAAAUAUAAUGCAAAACGGGUGUUAGCUUGACCCUUCUAACCUUCCUGCCAUCGAAGUCCAAUCCCAUGAUUUCCCAUUGUUCUGUAUGCUCGGAGAUGGUUCCGAGUUUCAAAGCCCAUGUCAA